UUAACCACUUCCCAUCCGGCCCAUGUACAUAAACAGCUGGACGGGAGCAGUGCAGGAGCGGGUUGCUGUUCAUAAACGGCGCCCGCAUUUUCAGGUUGUGCGCGCUCCCUGGGCACGCGUGGCACCGCAAUCUGGUGCCGCUGUGUCUGGAAGUCCUGAUCAUGUGAUCACUGAUUGGCCAAUCAGUGAUCACUUCUGACAUUGCUUACUACAUGUGAAAUCUGUGAAUGAUCACAGAGAUCACAUGUUACAAGGGCUAUUCAGAACAGCCUUGUACCAUGUGACAAGCUGUGACCAAUGACAGCUCUCACAGUAUUUCUCAAUGGCUACAAGAAUGAAGCCAGAGAGAAGGAGAAAUGAUUGCUACUACAG